GAAGAAAUUGAAGUCGCAGACCGUAUCAGGGUAUUCGAAUGAUUCGAAUCCAUUUGGCGAUUCCAAUCUGAAUGAAAAGUGGUGGUGGCCGAGGCUGGUGUGAAGGCUGCAAUUUGAUGCUAGUGUACUGAAUGGAUUGCCUGGCCAUGAAAUCAGAUUGGAUGGUGGUGAUUGCAUAUUUGGUUGACCAGAUUGAAAAACUGCAUGAAUUGGUGGUUGAUUACUUUUUUUGGCGAUUAUGAAGGGCCGUGGAUAGAGGAUAAGGAGGAUAAGACAUGGGGCUGAGAAGAUGCUUUGUGGGGAGGCCAAGACAUAGGGCUGAGAAGAUGCUGUGUUGCUAAGAGGGUCUGACAGCAAAAGAAAUGGAAGAGCUUCAUGAGGACAUAAAAAUGCAUCUGGAUUUAGAGAGGGCAACACUAGCACAUAUACAGUAUUGGCUUGUCUGAAGGAAAUUCAUGCAAAAAUGUUGCGGAAGCAUUUGGAACGCCUCGAGCAACAGAUGGGAAGCCAAGAUACUUUGGAAGAGGAUCAGGAUUCAAGGCCUAUAGAGGACGAGUCUGAUCAGGAUGCUCAAGCUCUCUCUCCAGAACCCAUAUUGGAUGAAGAGUUUCAUGAGGAAGAAGAGGAGGCUGGAUCAUUUUUGCCAGAGCUGUUGCAUGGUAAUGAAAAUGAUGAAGCAAUUGACCCCAAGGAGGACAGGGCUAUACUGGAAAGGAAACGUAUAGCCGUUUUGGAAGAACAACAAAGGCGAAUCCAAGAAGCAAUGGCUUCAAGGCCAACUCCAUCUGAAGAUGACUUGGAGAUGAAAGCCAUGAAAGCUAUGGGAGCCAUGGAAGUAGGCGAUGCAGUAUUUGGCUCGAGUGAUGAAGUAAACCUUGAUUCACAGGUGUACUGGUGGCAUGACAAAUACCGCCCCAGGAAGCCAAAGUACUUUAACCGUGUUCACACUGGGUAUGAGUGGAACAAGUACAAUCAAACUCACUCUGACCAUGACAAUCCACCUCCAAAUAUCAUGCAAGGGUACAAAUUCAAUAUUUUCUACCCGGAUCUUGUCGACAAAACAAAAGCUCUUAGUUUUACCAUAGAGAAGGAUGGAGCUAGUGCUGAGACUCGCAUUAAGGUUUCAUGCGGGCCCUCCUAA